UUUGUGGAACGUAAGCCUGCUAUGUAUUUUACCGUGCAGCUACUUGUUAAGAGAAAAACGAGCAAGCAAAAAGUAUUUGCACAUUGAACACUAGGAUAUGUUCAUUCAAGUUUACAGAAGUUUAAAUUUAGUUCCCUUGUAAAAGUCAUAAUGCAUUGUUGGUUCAUUCUGAAAUUUCACCCAAUGACUAUUUGAACUUUAUAAAAAGUGUAUACAGUAUUAACUGUGAAUUACUUUCGUAUAGGAAUAGUCACGAGGCACGAGAAUCCACACAUCUCUGCAGUGCUUAACGUUUUUCAUUUGUUUUAUAUUUAUGGCCUAGAAAUAAUUCAACCGACUUUUCUACCCCAUUUUAACUGAUAUGGAAUAAACAAGACAGAAAUUAGACUCACAAUUAGUUCAAAGUUACAAUUACAAUGGUGCUGCUGAAAAUUAUUCAAUUCCACUUAAUUUGUCACAAAACUAUUUCUUCUUUACAAAUAUAACUGUUCAUCUAUGCCACUGAUGUAUGAUUUGUGGCUUUUUUUAAGUAAACUGAGUCAAUAUUUUUAUUUGUAUAUUCAUACUUUUGUAAAAAAAAAAAAAAUGUUUCGUGCUGUGCCGUAAGAUUUUUCUAACAUCAUAAAUGUGCCUUGACUCAAUUAAGGUUGGGAAACUUCGUUCAGCAGUGCUGGUGGGAUCUGUGGGUUCCACUCCAGUCCGGGAGGUGGCGCGGGUUUAUUGGGGUUUAACAUCUCAUCUCAAAGCAUCGGAAAAGCUGAGAAAAUGCCUGACAAAACCGGACCGGGGAGGGUCGAGAACAUCGUACAUUGAUUGGUUAUUUUAAGCAGGGAACUUUGCCGGCGUGGUAAGCGGUCUCUUUCGCAUUAGCGUUCUUGUUUCGCUCAACACCAGCUUUGGCCUUCCCGCUUGUGCGCAGCCCUACCCGGCCAAAGCCACCUGGCCUACCCCUCUUGUGUCGUUCUCUUCCUUGUGCUCACCAUGUCCGAAUUCGGCUCCUUGCCGACUAACGGCGUCGCCGCUGCAACAAAGAAAGAUAGUUUUGCGGACGCCAUGGAACGAGCCAGACAGAUUGCAGCUAAAAUAAGUGGUGAGAGCGGUCACAUGCCAAGCAACAAUGGAGGAGCUGAGAAUUAUCCCUUCACUGCACAAAAACGAUCCCUCGAAGAACCAGAUGAACCAGAUGCGAAGAAAGUAGCGUCACAGAAUGAAAGAGAUUCUUCGUUGUCCAUUGGAGCUCAAUUGGCUGUCCUGGCUCAACAGAAUGUGAGACCCUCCACAAUGACAAUAACAGAGGAGUGUAAGGUGCCUGAUAGCAUGGUUGGUCUUAUCAUUGGCAGAGGAGGUGAACACAUAAACAAAAUACAACGGGACUCUGGCUGCAAGGUCCAAAUUGCACACAACAGUGCUGGUCUUUCGGAAAGAGGUGUUUCUUUGACAGGUCCACCGGAGGCCAUACAGAAAGCGAAGGCGCUCAUAGAUGAAAUAAUAUCAAGGGGACACGAUUCCCCCAACGGACAAACAGGUUCCAUGCAGGAGAUGGUCAUCCCUGCAGGCAAGGCUGGCCUUAUUAUAGGCAAAGGAGGAGAGACCAUUAAGCAGCUACAGGAACGAGCUGGAGUUAAAAUGAUACUUAUUCAAGAUGCAUCCCAGCCGCCAAACGUAGAUAAACCACUACGCAUCAUUGGAGACCCAUUCAAAGUGCAGCAAGCUAAGGAGAUGGUCAAUGAGAUUCUACGAGAUCGGGAGCAGACUGGUUUUGGUGACAGGAAUGAAUAUGGCUCAAGAAUGGGAGGUGGUGGCAUUGAUAUUGGUGUUCCUCGCCAUGCAGUGGGGGUCAUAAUUGGACGAAGUGGAGAGAUGAUUAAAAAGAUACAGAGUGAUGCUGGAGUGAAGAUACAGUUUAAACCAGAUGAUGGCACCGGUCCUGAAAAAAUAGCUCACAUUACUGGUCCUCCUGAUCAGUGUCAACAUGCUGCCUCCAUCAUCACAGACUUGCUACGAAGUAUCCGUACCAGAGAUGAUAUGGGUGAGGGGGGUCCUCCUGGUCCAGGGAUGCCACCUGGAGGACGGGGACGGGGUAGAGGCCAGGGCAACUGGGGUCCUCCGGGGGGAGAGAUGACUUUCUCUGUUCCUGCUCACAAAUGUGGACUUGUUAUUGGCAGAGGAGGAGAAAAUGUCAAAGCCAUUAACCAGCAAACUGGUGCGUUUGUUGAGAUGUCACGUCAGCCGCUACCAGAUGGGGACCCAAAUUUCAAAAUGUUCAUAAUCAGAGGUUCCCCGCAACAAAUAGACUAUGCAAAGCAACUUAUAGAAGAAAAGAUAGAGGCCCCAUUGUGUCCUGUGGGUGGCGGUCCAGGUCCGGGAGGCCCUGGUGGUUCCAUCAACCCCUAUAACCCUAACCCUUAUAACGCUGGACCUCCUGGUGGUUCACCCCAUGGUGGUGCACCAGGUGGUCCCCAGUACUGUGCUCAGAGUUGGGGGAAUAGCUACCAGCAAUGGCAGACCCCAGGGCAACAUGACCCAAAUAAGGCAGCAGCAGACCCGAAUGCAGCAUGGGCAGCCUACUAUGCACAGUACUACGGUCAGCAGCCAGGGGGGUCUAUGGCAGCACAAACCCCAGCAGAUCCUGGAGCAGCGGGGGAUCAGAACCAAGCAGCACAGACUGCUGGGGGUCAGCCAGACUACACGAAGGCUUGGGAGGAGUACUAUAAGAAGAUGGGGAUGGUUCAGCCUACAGGAGCGCCAGUCGCUGCUCCAGGAGCUGCGUCGGCACCUGCAGGAGGAGCAGCAUCUGGAGGCCAGCCAGACUACAGUGCAGCCUGGGCAGAGUAUUAUAGGCAGCAAGCUGCCUACUAUGGGCAGGGAGGGCAGGCCCCUGGACAAGCAGCUCCGCCACAGCAGGGACAGCAGGCGCAGUAAUGAAGUCUUGUCCAUUUGGAUUUUUUUUUUUUUCAUCCUUGGGACUUCUGCUGAUAGAGAUUUCUGUUUUUGGCUUCAAAAAUCCAAGGCCAUGACUGCACCAUCUCCUAUUUUAAAAUCACAUUUGCUAGUUGACUGACUUGUUCCCCCACCAUCCCCCACCCCAAUGGAAUAAGGGAAAAGGUUUUGCUCAUCCAUUGAAACAACGCACUAAUUAACUUAAGAAAGAAGAAAUUUAAGAUUUUGUUUGCUCCUUAUUUCACCCACCUUUUGUCAUCUCUGUUUUCAAUCUGUGCUCUGAAUUAAGGGUAUGUUUACUGCAGAAGCUCAACAACAAUCACAAUCAGGUUAAGUAGUUUCACUUUGCAGUAACCUGUUUUAUUUUGAAUUCAUGUUUGGAUUAAAAAACAAAUUGGUACUUUUAAAUCUCAUUUAAAAAAUGUCUGUCUGAAAUCUCAGUUGUAAUUUACCCUAUUCUUAAUUUUAUUCACUGUAUUUUUCUUUCAGAAGGUGUGUGUGUGUGUGUGUGUGUGUGUGUGUGUGUGUGUGUGUGUGUGUGUGUGUGUGUGUGUACGUACAUGUGCGCCUGUCUGUGCUUCUCAGGUGUGUGUGUGUGUGUAGGGUUGCUGUAAAAUGGCACUAGCUCAUGUUGGCUGGUUGCAUGUGCAGGUGUAGCUGUCUUGCUACAUUUACAAGUUGAUCAAUGGAUGUUUUUUUUUUUUUUUUUUGUUCUAAUAGACUCAUUGUAUUUUUUUUACAGCUUGUUUUUAAAUACUUAAAAAUAAAACAUUCAGAUCUACA